AUGCAUCCGAUCAUUCCUGAGACCGCUUUGAUCAUGAGCAUCAAGGCCUUGGAGAUGGCGACCAUCUCGCGAGGAGCGCGGCCGCUGGUCAGGGCUGCGACUCUUCUGGGUCAGGACUCCUCUACGGAGAUCAUCGACGUCAACAGGCUCUCGCAGAAAUCCCCGUCGAUUAUCCAAUACGUGGAGGUCGCCGACGCCGACGGUCGACUGUACUGCGUGGACGGGAUGGUCAGCGCGUCUUGCUGGGUGAAAAUCGUCACCCUGGCGAAGGACUGCCAGAGCUGCAACGUCCUGCUGAUGACGACGGAAAAGGGCGUCGUCCUGCGCGCCAUCAGGAGCAUCACUCCGGGAGAGCCGCUCCUGAUGUGGUUCACGGAGAACACCCUGGCCUUGAUGAACAUGCCCUUCCUGACGCCGUCGAACAUCCAAGGGCAAAAUCGUUACAUCUGCCACAUCUGCAACGACCACUUCGAGUACCCGAACCCUCUGAAGAUCCACCUGGCCCUGAAGUGCAACCGGCUGGACAGGAACCACCUGUGGAGCGUCCUGGCGCAGGAGUUCAGCGUGAUCCCCCGGGAAGUCCACGCCAUGGGGCUGUUCCCUCCGAAGGUGAGCUCCUUCAAGUUCGAGCUGAGCUCGCCGACCAGGUCGCCUCCGGUCGUCUCCCCUCCCAGGAUCUCGCCGAUUCUGGUGGAGACGAAGACGGACCCCCUGCUGGACUCGGGCAUCUCGUUGACGGUGACCUCGCCGCUCUCCUCGACCCAGAACUCGCCCACCUCGUCCGCCCAGGUGUCGCCCAGCUCCUCCACCCAGGUCUCACCGGUGCGAAGAGGCCUCGGCCACGGGCACUCGGCGUUCAAGCCCUACGUCAACGUGCCCAAGGUCCUCCCAACGGUCCUGGACGGUCACCGGGAGACCUUGAUAAGCCAGAACCCUUAUCACGUCCCGCAGUCUUCGGCGAGGACGGACGUCCACGCGGCACAGAUGGAGACCAUCGUCAGCAACCUCGGGAAGUCCAAGCAAGGACACCUCUGCAUAUACUGCGGCAAGGUCUACUCCAGGAAGUACGGCCUGAAGAUCCACAUCAGGACGCACACGGGAUACAAACCGCUUAAGUGCAAGUUCUGCCUGCGGCCUUUCGGCGACCCCAGUAAUUUGAACAAGCACGUGCGACUCCACGCCGAUGGGGACACUCCUUACAGGUGCGAGCUCUGCGGCAAAGUCCUGGUGAGAAGAAGGGACCUCGAGCGGCACAUCCGCUCCAGGCACCAGAACGGAGUCGACCAGGUCUCGGACACCUCCUCCGAUGGCAUGGACGUCUGACUCUG